GUGAGGGAACCUCUGAGACCUUGAACGCAUGCGCGUCGCUCACUCUCCUAUACUUACUGCGCACGCGCACAGGCGCCCCCCGCCAGCAGAAGUAGAAAGUAAUGUCUUCAUCUGCCUUUUUGUACGGCACGCUGCAACGCUACUCACCACCUACAUGGGCCGAUCCCAUCCGAUUCAAGCCAACUUCAUACGUCAAGUUGGCUCUCCGUCCAACUCCAAUCCACCAGUGGCACCUUCCUGGAGUGCCCAGUGGCUAUCAAGUAUGGGUCAAGAGGGACGACAUGACUGGCUCUGUCCUUGGCGGAAACAAAAUUAGAAAGCUGGAGUUCUUGCUGGCUGAUGCGCUGGAGAGAGGCUGUGACUCAGUCAUCACUAGUGGGAGUCUCCAGUCAAACCACUGUCGGGCCACAGCUCUUGCUGCAAGACAACUGGGACUUCAGCCACACCUCCUACUGAGGUGGAAAGGAGACAUGCCCAAGGACCUAGGUGCAGUGGGCAGUGAAGGAAACCUACUGCUGGACAGAGCUGCAGGUGCCAGGAUCAUACUCACCCCACAUGUCCGCUCGGAGAGAGACACUGGCCCAACACAACAUGAGUAUGCCACAGUUACCAAGACCCUUCAUCAAAUGGUGACGGAGUAUGCCGAAAAAUUGAGAUCCAGAGGUUCCAAUCCCUACAUCAUUCCAGUCGGAGGGUCCAAUCAUAUUGGGUCAUGGGGCUACAUUGAGGCAUUCCGCGAGCUGAUGGAAGAAGGGGCUCUGGAUAGUUUCGAUGACAUUGUGGUGGCUACUGGGUCUGGGGGCACUGUAUGCGGCUUAGCAAUUGCUAACUAUCUGACUGGCUUGAAAGUCAAGCUUCAUGCAGUGUGUGUGUGUGACACUGCCGACUACUUCUACGGCUUCGUCGAUCGAGAGUUGGAGCAAUCUGGACUGAAACCGACUCGGGAUGGGGCGCCCCUGUCGUCACGAGAUCUGAUUGCCAUAGUGGACAGCUACAAGGGUCUUGGUUAUGGGGAGAACACUGAGGAAGAAUUAGUGAAUUUGAUAGACAUUGUCAACAAGACAGCAGUUCCUCUUGACCCAGUCUACACUCUAAAGGGAGUGAGAGGCUUGCUGGGAGAGCUCAAAAAUAACCCUUCUUCUUUCUCUGGCUCCAGGAUACUCUAUAUUCACACAGGUGGAGUGUUUGGUUUGUAUGAUGGAAAAGUGACUCCUCUGUUGAAGCAACUCCCUGCUACCAACCAAGUGUCUUUGUACUCUGAGACUACAUAGCUAGGUGAUUGACUAUUGUUUGACAUAGAGGGUCCCCGAAUAUUGUUAAUGUGUCAUGUUAUACACAUGUUUGUUUUUGGCCAUGUUGACUGCUUGCUGCCUGUGCAAUGAGAGAAACGUAACACCAAGGCAGAAAUUAAGCUCUUUGGCCAAGACUAUCAUUAUAAGAGUUGGUUGUACUGUCUCAGAUUUGGUGUGUGUGUGUGGUCUUAAUGCUUGCCUGGG